AUGCAGUGGCAAGCUGGAUCAUCAAGGCAGCAGGUAAUAAAACCUGUAACAGGUUUUGAACUAGAUAAAGGAAACUGGAGCUGGAAUUGGUUAGAGAGAUGGAUGGUGAUUCGGCCGUGGGAAAAUCGAUUUCUUGAUUUUGACCUAAGUGAUGGAAUGAAGACUCGUGAGAACGAACAAAUUGAUCGGAUAAUAUCGGCGGAGAAGAAACCGGUUUCGAAAAUUGGAAACGGGAAAACGGGUUCUCCUCGUUUAAGCAAUUAUAAAUCGAACGAAAAAAUUGUAAGGGAUGGCUACAAUUGUUCUUCUCCAAGCAAGUUGGGCAAUGCAAAAGAAUGUACUACUCCAACCAAACUUGUUUCGAGCAGGACUAGUUUUGGUUCGAGAUCACAAAGCAAUCCGAAGGAGAGAUCAACGCUUUCGGAUAAACAAGGAGCGAAACGACUCUCUCUGCCUGGCAAAGAGAUUGGGGCUCAACCAGCGAGUCAACUCGGUAAGAAAUCUGGUGUUAGAAAUACUCCAGCUGCUCCAAAGCCCGUGAAGCCCAAAAUUAGCUCCAAGUCAAACGGCGUCGUUAAGCCUACAAAGCCCGGCCCGUAG